AUGGAUCGAAAAACUUCUACCGAAUCUGAAAAUCGGAGUGUGAUCGAGCACAAGGCGUAUGCGAGAGUGGGACUUCUCGGCAACCCCAGCGAUGUCUACUAUGGUCGCACCAUCUCUUUCAGCCUCGCAAACUUCUGGGCUUCUGUUCGUUUGGAGCCUUCCAAUGAUCUCGUCAUCGUUCCUCACCCUACUCACGAUCUCGUCCAGUUCAAUUCCAUUGGUCAUCUGGUGAAUCGGUUGCAAAAUGAAGGUUACUAUGGAGGUGUGCGUCUGCUUAUGGCAAUUGGCAAAGUUUUUUUCAAUUAUUNCAUACAAUUUAGCUUACCCCUAAGAGAACUUGUUGUCUUGUAA